AGAUUCGGAAGGUGUUGUACGUACUAACCACAAGGGAAUAUUCCGACUCUUUAGCUAGUUCAUUUCCCAAAACAUUUUGCAUUAAAAUUUAAUGUAGAUUUAAAUAUUUUAAGAGUUUCAACAGCCGGCAAUGCGUGUUUGAGACGUGUCCCUACCACACAUUAAAUAACUCUAUUUCUACAGACUGAUGGAGAUUUUUAGCUGUUUGUUUAAACACAAAGUCAGCUUACUAUUACGUCUAUAAAUGCCACUGGAAAAGGAACAGUUAAAACACAUCUCAUAAUUAGCCCAUCUCUCUCAAUUGUCACAAUAUCACAACACAAAAGAAAAAAACAAACAAAAACAUGGAUGGUGAGGAACCUCAAAUAGAUGGUGAAGUUAAUAACCAUGAGAACAAGUUGAAUGGAAAAAAGAAAUCAUGGGGAAAACUAUUUCGGCCUGAUUCUUUUACCAUAGAGGCCGGACAAACUCCAAUCAAUACCGGGCGUCCUUCAUUGAUGAGCUGGAGAACGACGAUGAGUUUGGCAUUUCAGAGCCUAGGAGUUGUGUAUGGAGACAUCGGGACAUCGCCGUUGUAUGUGUACGCAAGUACUUUCACUCAAGGCAUCAAUGACAAAGAUGAUGUUAUUGGCGUUCUCUCGCUCAUUAUCUACACUAUUACUCUUGUCGCACUCGUCAAAUAUGUCUUCAUUGUUCUUCAGGCUAACGACAACGGUGAAGGAGGAACAUUUGCAUUGUACUCAUUGAUAUGUCGGUAUGCAAAAAUGGGAUUAAUCCCAAACCAAGAACCAGAAGACAGAGAGCUCUCAAACUAUGCACUUGAACUUCCAACCACACAGCUUAGAAGAGCUCAAAUGAUCAAAGAGAAGCUCGAGAACUCCAAAUUCGCUAAGAUUAUACUCUUCCUUGUCACUAUUAUGGGUACUUCCAUGGUCAUUGGCGAUGGAAUCCUUACUCCUUCCAUAUCAGUACUUUCAGCAGUAAGUGGCAUCAAAUCUCUUGGCCAAGACACGGUGGUGGGUGUUUCGGUUGCAAUCUUGAUUGUUCUAUUCGCAUUUCAACGGUUUGGAACCGAUAAAGUUGGAUUCUCAUUCGCUCCAAUCAUCCUCGUAUGGUUCACAUUCCUGAUCGGAAUCGGUCUCUUUAAUCUGUUCAAGCAUGACAUUACCGUCUUAAAGGCACUUAAUCCACUCUACAUUAUUUACUACUUUAGAAGAGCUGGUAGGGAUGGUUGGAUUUCCCUCGGAGGUGUUUUCCUCUGCAUCACUGGGACGGAAGCCAUGUUUGCUGAUCUAGGUCAUUUCAGUGUUCGAGCUGUACAGAUUAGUUUCUCAUGUGUGGCAUAUCCGGCUCUAGUAACAAUAUAUUGCGGGCAGGCUGCGUACCUUACUAAACAUACUUCGAACGUUUCAAAUACUUUCUACGACUCAAUCCCAGAUCCAAUAUACUGGCCAACAUUUGUGGUGGCGGUGGCAGCAUCUAUCAUCGCGAGCCAAGCUAUGAUAUCAGGAGCCUUCUCAAUCAUCUCGCAGUCUCUACGUAUGGGUUGUUUCCCACGAGUGAAAGUGGUUCAUACCUCGGCUAAGUACGAGGGACAAGUCUACAUCCCCGAGAUCAACUACUUGCUCAUGCUUGCUUGCAUUGCUGUUACCCUUGCCUUCAGAACCACUGAGAAGAUUGGUCAUGCUUAUGGGAUCGCUGUCGUAACGGUUAUGGUUAUCACUACCUUUAUGGUAACUCUCAUAAUGCUGUUUAUCUGGAAGACCAAUAUAGUGUGGAUCGCGAUGUUCUUGAUAGUAUUUGGCUCCAUAGAGAUGUUGUACUUAUCGUCGGUCAUGUACAAGUUCACAAAUGGUGGGUAUCUACCGCUAGCGAUAACGGUCUUUUUGAUGGCGAUGAUGGCGAUCUGGCAAUAUGUUCACGUUCUCAAGUACCAGUACGAGCUGAGGGAGAAGAUUUCUCCUGAAAACGCUAUACACAUGGCUACAAGUCCUGACAUAAACCGGGUUCCAGGGAUUGGUCUGUUCUACACGGAGCUUGUUCACGGUAUAACUCCAUUGUUCUCUCAUUAUAUCUCGAAUCUUACGUCAGUCCACUCGGUUUUUGUCUUGAUAUCGAUCAAGACACUUCCCGUGAACCGAGUGACAUCAUCAGAGCGGUUCUUUUUCCGUUACGUGGGGCCAAAGGAUUCCGGGAUGUUUAGGUGUGUUGUGAGGUAUGGUUACAAGGAAGACAUUGAAGAGCCUGAUGAGUUUGAGCGUCAGUUUGUUCAUUCCUUAAAGGAAUUCAUCCAUCACGAGCACUUCAUGUCCACAGGAGGAGAUGUGGACGAGACGGAGAAAGAAGAGGAAUCAAAUGCUGAGACAACACUUGUGCCUUCGUCUAAUUCUGUUCCUUCAUCGGGGCGGAUCGGGUCCGCGCAUUCAUCUUUGUCGGACAAGAUUAGGUCGGGAAGGGUCGUCCACGUGCAAUCUGUGGAGGAUCAAACGGAGUUGUUGGAUAAAGCGAGAGAGAGAGGAAUUGUUUAUCUAAUGGGAGAGACGGAGAUAACGGCAAAGAAAGAGUCUUCUUUGUUUAAAAAGUUUAUAGUGAACCAUGCUUACAAUUUCUUGAAGAAAAAUUGUCGGGAAGGAGACAAAGCACUUGCGAUUCCCAGGUCAAAGCUUCUUAAGGUUGGCAUGACUUAUGAGUUAUAAGACUCUCUAUUUCGUCUUUUGUGUUUGAGUGUCUUUGUGUUUCAUACGUGUCCAUGGUUUAAAAUCACUCUAUUAACCUAAAUAAAGUGUAUCCAUGUUUUUGUUUGCUUGUUUUCAUUUAAUUUUGGUAAAUGUGUAACUUAUUAUUAUCUUUUUUCCUGUGAUUGUUAUUUUGUCUAUUUUAUUGAAAAUUAAAAGUUACUGAA